GCUCUCGCGAGACUCCUCCCCCCGUGGAGAGAGUGACAGGCAACAUGGCGGCGGAAAUGGAGGUUCGGUGUGUCUGCGACUGAGAGGAGGAAGAGAGAGGAAAGAUGAGUCAGGGGGCCGCUGAGGGCGAGCCCGAGGCCAAGGUGCUUCACACCAAGAGGCUGUACCGGGCCGUAGUGGAGACGGUACAUCGGUUGGAUCUGAUUAUUAACAACAAGACCGCCUACCAGGAAGUCUUCAAACCGGAGAAUAUCAGUUUACGCAACAAGCUGCGGGAGCUGUGCGUCAAGCUCAUGUUCCUCCACCCUGUGGACUACGGGAAGAAAGCGGAGGAGGUUCUAUGGAGGAAAGUCUAUUAUGAGGUCAUCCAGCUCAUCAAAACCAACAAGAAGCACAUCCACAGCCGGAGUGCCCUGGAGUGCGCCUACCGUACCCACCUGAUAGCCGGGGUGGGCUUCUACCAACAUCUCCUCCUCUACAUCCAGUCCCACUACCAGCUGGAGCUGCAGUGCUGCAUCGACUGGACCCACGUCACCGACCCUCUGAUUGGGAACAAGAAACCCGUGUCUGCUUCUGCCAAGGAGAUGGAUUGGGCCCAGAUGGCAUGUCACCGAUGUCUGGUCUACCUGGGAGACCUGGCUCGCUAUCAGAAUGAACUGGCCCUGGUGAACACGGAGAAAUUAGCGGAGAGGUUUUACUAUCAGGCGCUGACUGUCGUCCCACAGAUGGGAAUGCCAUUUAACCAGCUCGGCACGUUGGCGGGGAGCAAAUACUACCACGUGGAGGCCACCUACUGCUACCUGCGAUGUAUCCAGUCAGAAGUCUCCUUUGAAGGGGCUUAUGGGAACCUGAAGAGACUGUAUGACAAGGCGGCCAAAAUGUUUCAUCAGAUGAAGAAGACGGAGAAUCGCAAGCUGACACCCAGCAAGAAGAGAUGUAAGGACAUAAAACGAUUGCUGGUCAGCUUCAUGUAUCUGCAGAGACUACUACAGCCGAAGAGCAGCUCGGUGGACUCGGAGCUGACCUCUCUGUGUCAGUCUGUUCUGGAGGAUUACAACCUGUGCAUGUUCUACCUCCCGUCAUCCCAGAACCUGAGCUCCGCCAGCGAGGACGAGGAGGAGUACGACGGAGGCUACUCCUUCCUGCCAGACCUGCUGGUCUUUAGGAUGGUGGUGAUCUGCCUGAUGAGUGUUCACAGCCUGAAGAGGGCAGAUUCCAAGCAGUACAGCGCUGCCAUAGCGUUCACCCUGGCCCUCUUCUCCCACUUGGUCAACCACGUGAAUAUAAGACUGCAGAGCGAGUUGGAGGAGAGCCCCGUCCCCGCCUUCCACAGCGACAAUCCAGAUGACCCGGAAUCCAGGGAGGUCGCAGAAGUGAUAGAGAAAGACGCGGAGCCGGAGAUCAACCAGGUCAACAAGCAGCCGCGACCCAAACCCAGGAGCAAGAAGAACCCAAAGUACUCCCGCCUCUCCCUCUUACGUAGGCGGAGACACGCGCGGAAGGCGGACGAGAGCGACUUGAGCGAGGGGUUCGAUUCGGACUCCAGCCGCGGCUCGGCCAAAGGAAGCGACAACUCCGACAGCGCUUCAGAAAAGAGCGAGGAGGAGGCCGCCUUUGACAUAGAAUCCGAUUCGGAUAUGAACAGUCAGGAGUCGCGGUCCGAUUUAGAAGACAUGGAGGACGACCACGGCGAUGAGCGCAAGAGUCCGAAGGAGCCUAAGGAAGCGGCCAAAACCUGCGAGGAAAAGUCGGUGAGCCCGGCCAAACCCGAGGCUCAGGAGACCCCGGUUACCUGUCCCGGACCCACCACCAGCGAGGCCAGUAUAGCCAGCAACCUCCAAGCCAUGUCCACCCAGAUGUUUCAGACCAAACGUUGCUUUCGCCUGGCGCCGACCUUCACCAACGUCUUUGUGAAACCUUCCUCUGAGCCGGCGGCCUACAGCGCCAAAGAACAAGUGCCGCUGGUGAAUGGAGACGUGGAGAGACUGAAGUCUGCAGAGCAAGGGGACAUCUCUGACUCGGAGGAGAGUAUUGUGAGCAAUAAGUCCUGUCACAAUGAGAGGACUCUUCAGGAGAAGCUGGAGGUCAUCACCGCCGAGGGGCUUCUGGCCACCGUCAAGAUCUUCCUGGACUGGCUGAGGACCAACCCGGACAUUAUCAUCAUGUGUGCGCAGAGCUCGCAGAGUUUGUGGAACCGAUUAUCUGUUCUUUUAAACCUCUUACCAUCGGCAUCCAAGAUCCAGGAAUCCGGAAUCUCCCUGUGUAGUGAGGUGCAGAACUUGCUGCAGGGGUGUGAGCAGACCGACCUGUGCGCCCACCUGCUGCUCCCGGAGGACGCCGCCCUGAGGAACCUCCCCCCGCUGAAGGCUGCGCACCGCAAGUUCAACUUUGAGAAGGAGAGGCCGGAUCUCACCGUUCUGGAGGAGUCCAUCGUGCGCAGCUGCUACAUCCGGAGUUUCGGCCAUUUCCUCACCCACCUGCAGGGGAAGGUUCUACAGUACAACCCGGAGCUCGCCAUAUUCACCAGCAUCUCCGAGACCCAGCAAGACAACACCCUCCACCAGGCCCAGGCUCAGUUCCGGAUGGCGCAGGAGGAAGCUCGCCGGAACAGACUCAUGAGAGACAUGGCCCAGCUGAGACUCCAGUUGGAAGUGUCGCAGCUAGAGGGCACCCUCCAGCAGCCCAAAUCUCAGUCCUCCAUGUCUCCGUACCUCAUCCCGGACACACAGGCCCUCUGCCAACAUCUGGGCGUCAUCCGACAGCUGGCAAACAGCGGGCGUUUCAUCAUUAUCAUCCCGCAGACAGUUAUUGAAGGAUUGGACUUUCUAAAGAAGGAAAAUGCUGGAGCUCGGGAUGGGAUCCGAUACUUGGAGGCGGAGUUUAAAAAAGGAAAUCGGUAUAUCCGCUGCCAAAAGGAGGCUGGAAAGAGUUUUGAACGGAAUAAAUUAAAGCGGCAGGACGUUGACGCCUGGCAUCUCUAUAAGAUUCUGGACAGCUGUAAGCAGUUGACGGUGUCGCAGGGCAGCAAUGAAGAAGAGACGGCCGGGAUGGUCACCAUUAUAACCGGCUUUCAGAUAGAGGAACCCGAAUGUUUCUCCUCUGCCGUACAGUCUGCCCUGCAGGUUGCCGCCAGUUCCAACAUCGAGAUCAAGAACGUUCUAGAUUUCUACAAGCAGUGGAAGGAGAUGGGCUGACAGUCUGAGGUUCAGACCGUUCAUACAAAAGCAAAUCACAUCCUUCAUCCUCCCUUAUGAGCCGUGGCUUUCAAUAUGGUGGUAACUUGGAAAAUGGCCUGAGACAUGGAACCAAACAUCUAAACCGACAAGCCCUUCCAAGGAAAAGUUCUUUUUGUUGAUGUGUCUUGUAUGAAAAGCCCCGCAGCCACCUACGUCUCCGAUGGUAGAGGACUGCGGUGUCAGAAAACAGAAGGAGCUCGUCCAUCCGAGGCUGGAAGAGAGAAGGUGGGACCCAUCUUGUUGAUGUGUGACCUUCCCGACCACAGAUGUCCAUCUUCCAGGCCUCUGACCGGACCGUGACCGGAUUCUUUCCUCUUGUGUAGUGUGGUGACCGGACGACAUCACCCUCUGACUUCCCUCAACCCUUCACCCUGCUUGUCCCCCUAAAUCUCAGCCCCCCUUCCCUUAUCCUGUAUCCUUCCCAGCCCCUCCCAUUACCCAGCAUCCCCUGUUUUCUUUACUUGGAUCUUGUCCAAUGCUGUAAAAGAUUUGGAGAUUGUAAAUAAAGGAAACAGCGCUAUUUUAUUUAA